UUCCGGGGCCUCAAGGGAAGGGGCGCGCAUCCAAGCCCCGCCCCCGAGAAGGGGCGGAGCCACGGCCCCGGCCUUAUCCCAGCCGCUGCAGGAUACCAUGAAGCUGCUUCCAGUCUUGGAGCCUGGAGACAAGCCCAAGAAAGCGACAUGGUACACCUUGACCCCCCCUGGAGACAGCCCCUGUGCUCGGGUUGGCCACAGCUGCUCAUAUUUACCCCCAGUUGGUGAUGCAAAGAGAGGGAAGGUCUUCAUUGUUGGGGGAGCAGAUCCAAACAGGAGCUUCUCUGAUGUGCACACCAUGGAUCUGGGAACACACCAGUGGAAUUUAGCUACCUGGGAGGGCCUCUUACCUCGGUAUGAACAUGCCAGCUUCAUUCCUUCAUGCACACCUGACAGCAUUUGGGUGUUUGGAGGUGCCGAUCAAUCAGGAAAUCGAAAUUGUCUACAAGUCCUGCAUCCAGAAACCAGGACCUGGACCACGCCAGAGGUAACCAGCUCCCCGCCAUCCCCAAGAACAUUCCACACGUCCUCGGCAGCUAUUGGAAAUCAGCUGUUUGUCUUUGGGGGCGGAGAGAGAGGUUCCCACCCUGUGCAGGAUGUGAAGCUUCACGUAUUUGACGCAAGCACUCUGACCUGGUCACAGCCAGAGACAUUUGGAAAACCUCCGUCUCCCCGGCAUGGUCAUGUGAUGGUGGCAGCAGGGACAAAGCUUUUCAUCCAUGGAGGCUUGGCAGGGGACAGAUUCUAUGAUGAUCUCCAUUGUAUUGAUAUAAGUGAGAUGAAGUGGCAGAAGCUAAGUCCCACUGGGGUUGCUCCCACAGGCUGUGCUGCCCACUCGGCUGUGGCUGUGGGGGAACAUGUGUAUGUCUUUGGAGGAAUGGCUCCCAGAGGAGCGCUGGAUACAAUGUACCAAUAUCACAUAGAAAAGCAGCAUUGGACCCUGCUUAAAUUUGAUACUUUUCUACCCCCUGGACGAUUGGACCAUUCCAUGUGCAUCAUUCCAUGGCCAGUGACAUCUACUCCUGAGGAAGAGGAUUCAAAUUCUAUCACUCUAAACUCUGAAGCUGAGAAGAAGGAUCUUGCUAACAAAGGAGUGACCCAAGGUGGUCACUUACAAGAAGAAAGUCUGUCUGACACAUUGCUCUGUUUUGUGUUUGGUGGGAUGAAUACAGAAGGGGAAAUCUAUGAUGAUUGUAUUGUGACUGUAGUUGACUAAUAAAAUCCACGUUACUGUAAAUGUGAAUUGCUUUCAGAA